UUAUUGCAUAUUAUUCCAGUUACAAAGAACACAACUGUUCAUAGAACUGUGUAACUUGAUAAUGUGCCAAUGUUAAGACAGAAGCCUUAUGUGCAGGCUGCUCAAAAGUAUGAUUAUGAUUAAAAUGUUUAACUCCUUGCUUCGGGCUAUGCAGAUAGAAAUGCAACUUUUGGCAUUCUGUGUGUUCUAGUAAAGGCUUGCUGUGACAUUUUAUGCAUUAGCAAGAAGCCAUACAUAGUGAGACAAUUAUGAUCACUAAAAACUACUUAAGUGGUGUUUAUGAUGUUUCUACACAUUAGCUCAGAGGAGACUUGGAGAGAUGGCAGAGGAAGACUUUCGGCCUUUAUCAGAGGAAAUAAGUUCCUUCUGUCUGGUUACCGAGGCUCGUUCAGGGACACAAGUUACCCAGCCCUUCCCACGCUCUCCAAAACUGAUCAGGAGAGCUGGAGCCAACUCUCCGAAACCCUCAGAGCUGCCAGUCUGGUUGGAUGACUUGAAGAAGGAAAGGAAAAGAACAGAAUCCCAUCUGGAAUCAAUUAAAAAGCGGCAAGCAAACCUGAAUACGAGUUCAGAGGCGAUGAAGCAGCAGGUACAGGAGUGCUUCGAGGAGCUACAUAUGGCUCUGCACGAGGACGAGAAGGCUGUCCUGGACAUGAUAGAGCAAGACCGCCGGGAGACCGGCAGUAAACUAAACCGACUUCUUCAAGACUGGAAUCAACACCUCAGUCUCCUGCAGAAACACAUCAGCGCUAUUCACGCGGCUCAACAGAGCCCCGCAGAAUCCAUGAAGCAGGUAACCAUCAAGGAUGAAACAUGCAUUUCAUGUCGUUGUAAUAAUCCUGUUGACAAAAUGUAUGGAUCACAUACUGUAUAUUCUCUUCUGCAUGUUCUCUGCUUUCAGCCAUUUCCUGAGGAUUUUACACUGACUAGCUGUCGUAAGAAACUGGACCCAGCUGAAGAGGAGAUAAAAAUGAAUGAAGAAAGGAUCCAUAAGCUCAUGAAGGUUCUUAGGAACAUCUCAAAAGAUCUGAAAGCCCAGCUCCAGCGAAAGAGCCUGCUGCUGGACUCCUUUAACGUGGCGAUUGACAAACAGAGCUGUCACAAACAGAUCAAGUUGACCUCAGACGGACGGGGCCUGUGCCUUUCCUCAGAGGAUCGCUGCAUUCCCAAUGAGCCUCUGAGGUUUGAUCAGUUAUUCUGCGCCUUGGGCUCUGUUGCUAUUACAUCUGGGCAGCACUACUGGGAGGUAGAUGUGCGCUGCUGUCCAUCAUGGGCUGUGGGCGUGGCUUAUGGCAGCCUACAGAGGAGAGGACGGGACAAAGGUGCCAAGCUUGGAAGGAACAGGUGCUCGUGGAGUCUUGAGUUUCAGAAUGGGCAUCUCAUGGCCUGGCACAAUGAUCGACACGUGGCACUACCCAUCACAGCAGCUCGGGCAGCACCAAACAGAGUAGGGGUGUUUGUAAAGUAUCAGAAGGGCCGUCUAGUGUUUUAUGAUGCUGAGACUAUGAGAACGCUACAAGAGUUUUCAGCAGUGCAAACGGCUGUGUUUGAAAGAGCACAUCAUCAGUUUACUGAGCCUCUCUAUCCAGCCUUCCGCUUUUUUUCACCCAAAGACAAAGGCCAUUAUCAUAUAGAAAUAUGCGAUCUCAGUCUUUAAUUAUUAUUAGUAAUAAUAAAAACAAAAGUUAAUAAACAUUACUGACACUUUUGUUCUAUUUAAUCUUUACUGAAUAACAGUGUUAAUUUCUUUAAAAGACUCAAAAAAAAAAUUAUAUUUCUUAGAUAAAGGACGAUCUUUAUGAGCAUUAACAGUUAUUAAUAGUGAAAGCAUAUAAUAUAUAAGCCUAUGUCCAAAAAAGCAAAGGUUAUCAAGGUAACCUGGAGGAACAGUCUACUCUUCCACCUUAUGCAAAACAAUGAAAAAAUAGAGUGUAGUAUAUAAUAAAAAUAUAUACUAAUAAAUAAAUAAAAAUAAAAUACCACAUAAAAUACUC